CGGACAGCCACGCAAGCAUGGCCGAGUCCACCGAGCCGGCCGCGCCCAAGAGGAAGUACAAGGCCAAGGUCACGCCGCUGGCCUCCGAUGAGAACAUGACGCUGGCAAGGAAGCGCUCAAAGGAGAAGGCCAUCGAGCGGGCCAAGGCGAGGGCCGAGGCGAAGGCCAAGCGCGAGCUGCCACCCGAGGAGCGGCCGAUGACCAUUGCCAAUAUCGUCGGGUCCUUUCACUUGGGCGUCAAGAUCGAUCUCAAGGAGCUCGUGCUCAAGGCGCGCAACGUCGCUUACAACCCGCGGCGGUUCAGCGGGGCGUCCAUGCGUCUUCAAGACCCCAAGGCAACCGGCGUCUUCUUCUGCUCUGGCAAGGUCGUCAUGCUCGGGCUCACGUCGGAAGAAGCGUUCCGGACGACGGCCGACCGCCUCCUCUCCAUCGUCCAGAAAAUCGGCUACGAAGAUGCAGCUAUUCACUACUUGAUGAUCCACAACGUCACGGCGUCCGGCUGCGUCGGGUACCGCAUCCGCCUCGAAGGACUCCACAACGAACACUACCAGUUCAGCACCUAUGAGCCCGAGCUCUUCCAUGGUCUCUACUACCGCAUGAUGGAGCCCCGUGUGUGCUUCAUCAUCUUCGUCACCGGCACCGUCACCGCAUGCGGCGCCGAGUCGUGGGAAGACGUCCUCGAAGGCUUUGAGAAGCUGCUGCCAGCGCUCGAACAGUUCCGGCUCCGUCAGCUGCCCAAUUAGACGUCAAACGCCCAAAGAUGAGCGCUGUACCAUACGACACACUCUAUUGCCGCUCUGCGCAUUGGUCGAAGGCCCCUUUAACGCAAUGUAGACCAUCUAUUUAACCCA